AUGGCUUCUCCUAUUACACCCGCGCUCAAAUCUUCUGCGCGCUCGGCGUACAGAUCAUUGUUCAGAGCUUCGGGGACGACGUUUGCUGAGGAUUUGAGUCAAGGCGACGACCGGGUUUUGUAUGCAUUUAGAGACAAAGUCCGCACGGAAACGGUCGCGGGACAACAGGAGGCUGAUCCAGUCGAAUACGAAGCUCGAGUAAAACAUGCGUUCGAAGUGGCCGAUGUUUUGAAGAAGAAUGUGGUUCAGGGAGUGAAAGAGAAGGAAGGAGAAGAUGCUACUUGGAAAUUAAGAAUGACACCUGAUACCGAACUUGGUUCAAAUGAAGGGGUCAAAGCUCCGUACUCGCGCCCAGCUAGAGGGACACCCCGAACCAAGUGCGGAGAAGACCCAAAUGCAGUUGCACCACUGCCUCCUCGUUCUUUGAGACAUAUGGUGGGAUCCAACCCGACACGAUCAUACUCUACAGCCUCAUCAUCGUCCUCUCCUCCUCCGAAUUGGAACUCGGAAAAUCAACAAGAAGAGGUAGACACUGAAGAAAAAUACGACCGUAUACGGGUCCAAUCGCUACGGAAUAGGCUGCUCCAAGUGAACCGUCGGGUGUUGGCUUCCCCUACAGGUCGAGAACGCACGACUGAGCGCACGCUUGUGGAAGACAAACUGGCCACACUAGUUGCGAGAAUGGAGUUUCUUGCAACCGAGAUGCACGACAGACUUUAUCCACCUUCGUCAAACUCUGCACCCGCACGACCACUCGUAGACCUCUUGCUCGAUCAGAUACCCAUUUCCCCCAAGUGCAGCACUCAUUUUGUGGGUCCUCCCGUACAGCUACAACAGUACAUACGGUUCCUGCAGAGCGCCGCAAAACAUACAAACGCUGUGCGGACAGAAACUAUAUUGCAUACACCCGAAGUACGAAAAGCCAUCGCUCAACUCAUCGAGACUCCCGCACCCGGUACACGUAGACCCGACAAUGCUUCCGAACAACUUCAAGCGAUUCAGUGGCGAAUGCUUAUGAUCAAACGGGGCCUCCAAGGCGUCGUCAAGUCACGCACUAUAUCCCCUUCUCUGCUUACCCCAAUGUUCAGUGCGCUAAGGGAAGCAAUGCAAGACAUCAGUUAUGCCCAGGAGUGUAUCCAAGACUUGGAGGACAAUGGACCCAGACUGGAGAGUGCGCGGACGUUGGUGGAAGAUAUGGAGAAAUCUUUGAGGGGGUCGUGUAUUAUGGAGCUUAGGAAGCAGAUGGAGGGACGAUUCGAUGCCGGGGUCGCUGGGAAGCGAGUGGACGAUGCGAUCGUUGGCCUUGGGCUAUCGCCUUCUGACAUAAAAGUGACUAGGAAGGCCUAUCGACGAAUACGCCAUUACGAAGAGUUUCCGAGCGUUGUGAAAACCGUCACCAAGGCUCAGCAAGAUGAUGACCUAGACCGUGCUAAAAGGUGGCGCCGAAAACUAUUUGCCCGGGGUCAAAAGGUGUUCAACGCCAUUCGACUACACAUGAAUAGUUUCACCUCAAUACUCGACCAAAUGAUUGCAUUACAUUCUAGAGAUGAUGACAAGGAUCAGUUGACGCUUAUAGCCGGCAAGGCCACGUAUGCGAGCUGGUCCGAGUGGGCGGACGUCAUGUCGGAUCGACUUGCUCUUGUGGAGGAACUAGCGGGUCGAGCUGUGACUGCUGAUAGACACCUUGAACAAUACGCGUGGGGGGAACUAGGCACCUGGGAUCUUGGUCCCGAUAGGAUGAAGCUAUUUUUUGAUGCCAGGGUGGAACUGGUGAUUAUUUGUGAUCUUGCAUGGAGGCUGGAGAGGAGGAUGAAGUAUGACAUUGAAGGUGUUCGAGAGGCUUCAGUGUUGCUCUGCGAAGAGGUGCAGUCAGAAUUCGAGUUUCCAGAGCCUAGGACCAGGGGAUCCGAAAGAACUAGUACAAGGCACAACUCCUUGGAGAAAAGUGAAUUUAGGAUACGAAGCUCCCGUGGUGACCGUGGUCGACCCAAGUCGCACUACACCAAAGACCCAAAGUCGACGAACGACGCGGUCAAUACUGUUUUGAUUCUUGACGAAUAA